AAGGGGCUAGGAGCAUCCCUAGGGUGCGUUAAGACGGGGGGGUUCGUAAAGAGGGAGAUCAAAGGGGUAAAGACUUCUUUGGAUCUAGAACGAUAUAUUAUUAUUGAAAACAUGGAUCCAUCCAUCUCCUCUCUUACAGCUUCUACACAAUAUGCAGGACGAGAAUGAAGAUGACCCAAUUGUAUACAUCAUCAUUCCCAACGGCUACAUAAAUAACCAUGAAGUGGCGUGUAGUGAUGUGGCAUGUUUUUGCUGAGGCAAAAACAAUGUACUAGAGAUCCUGGAGCUUGCAUGCACCUUGUAGUUCACUAAACAAUUUGGUGUUCAAUUAGUAGGGCACCAUAGGCUUCAUCGAUCAUGAGGAAUCCUUAAGCAGAUUAUUUGGAGAUCUUUGCGGGUUUGACAUUUAAGGUUCCAUGAAUUUCAAGCAAAUAUGGAGGUUGCCUACAGUCUAGAAAGCCAAAAUGAUAGAGAUUCUGAUAGUUGUCAACAAGAAACAAGAAAUGAGUCGUUGUCAUGGAUCAAUGAGACAGGUGCCGUUCAAGUUAAAGCUGAAGAAACAAAACAAAAUGAUGUAAGAGCAAUCUGGGUUAAGAAAUGUUUGCUCUUAGACUGCAGCCAUCGCAAGUGGAGGGGGAAGUGGCAGCCAGGGAUACAGUGUUCUACUGAUGACUGCCCUUCUGCAACCUUGAAAGGAAAACCUACAUCUGAGCGCAAAAAUUAUACUGUAGUUUACUUUCCUCACAGCCGAAGUCAUUGUUGGGCAGAUUCACAGCUUAUCUGCCCAAUUACUGAGAAACCAGAACCACUUGCUUAUGGCACCCAUGAAAGUGGAUUUGCACUGGUAGAGGACUUGCAAACCCCAAGGCGAUUUAUGAUGCAGAGUCUUGCAGUUGCUAUGUUUGAUAUUAGUGAUCAACUUCACAUUGAGGCUGUUGUAGAAAGUGCACGAGAUGUAAAUGUGUGGAGAGAAUUUGCAAGAGAGGCUGGUCGCUGCAAAAAUUAUUCUGAUAUAGGAAGAAUGUUGGUCAAGCUUCACAGUAUGAUAUUGGAAGUGUUCAUCAGCCCCACAUGGACGAAAAAUUCAUUUGACUUGUGGAAGCAACAAUGUGAGAAUGCACAGAACACAGAGUCCACUGAGAUUCUUACCAAGGAAUUGACUGAUUCAGUUUUAUGGGAUGAUGUUGCAAAGCUUUGGGAUGCCCCUGUUCAGCCUAACCUGGGGUCAGAUUGGAAAACAUUGAAAGGAGAGUGCAUGAAAUGCUUUUCAACAUCUUAUCCUUCCUCAACAUCCAGAGAUGAGGGAGAAGAUGAUAAGAGGGCCUAUUCUCAAGAAACGAGCAUCACAAAACUUGAAGUCUGCAGGAAACGCCCAAAACUUGAAAUUCGCCGUGGAGAAAUGCGCUUGUCAGAUAUAAAAGAUGUGCAUGAAUCUCAACUUCCAGCUCAUAACGAAGUUUUUGAUUCCAUGAUUGCCAACCAACAAGAAGAGAGUACAAAUCAAGAGCUUUCAUUUCCUAAACUAGAAGGGCUAACAAACGACUGUCAAGAAGCUGUGGCUACCACAUGGUUUGAAGUUAAGGAUAAUAGUGAGUAUCCUUUUACUCCUCAUCCCAGUGGAUAUCAGGAAACACCCAUUGCAGAAUCUAAAUCAAGUAGCAAGAAUCAGUUGACAGCCAGUGGUGAGCACCGGUAUCGACAAUGUUCAGCCUUCAUAGAAACAAAGGGAAGACAAUGUAGCCGAUGGGCAAGUGAUGGAAGCAUCUAUUGUUGUAAGCAUUUAAAUUCAUCCACUCCGGAUAAUGCUAACAAAUUGGACCAGGUUGUAUCUCUUUUCAAGUCUCCAAUUUGCCAAGGUAUGACAACUUAUGGAAAGCGAUGUACACAUCGAUGUAAAAAUGGAUCAUCAUUUUGUCUUAAGCAUUUGCCUCAAGAACUACCAGAGAGUAAUAAGACACCCAGUACGAGUGCUUUAGUUACUAAUAAUAAGAGAGCGAGGUUAUCAGUUGAGGGGCAGUUCUCAGAUGACAAUGCACCAUCAGCAGGUUUAGGUUGUGAAGAAACUAAACAAGAUAAAUCAAAUCUGAAUCUCAUAUCAGAUGCAGACUUUAAAGACGAGGAUUUAUCUGAGAAAUCAACUCAGAGGUGGAGCAAUGAUAGUGGCACUGUUGGGAGGAACCAAAGGAUUGAAUUUCAGUCUCAAAGCACUCUGGCACAAGAAAGGUCUACUGCUAAGGUUCCCUAUCAGAGUGCAAGUUGGUCACGUUGUAUUGGAUGGUGUAGGAACAAUAGUGGCCAGUGUUCUCACAAGGCAAAGCCAGGUACUUCAUAUUGCGAAAAGCAUCUUCCAAGCUCACUUGCGCAUGAGGGAAAGGUUGGUGAUAGACACGUUUCAACAGAGAUUCUGAACCAACUUUUGAAAUCUACUAGCUCUGAAAAAAAUAGAAACUAUUUACUCCGGGCUUCAGAUAUGUUGCAUGAGGUCAUGAAUGUUUGUCUUUCAGAGGGGACUACCUAUCGUUCAAAUUCUAAGGGAAGAAUUGUGGAUUGGAUUCUUGGAGAGGCAUCAAAAGAUUUAAAAUCUGCAGAAGCUCUGUUGAAAAUUGUUUCAGGUGAAAAGGAAAAGCUUGGCAGACAUCUGGGGAUUGAAGAAGCAGGAGAGGGCAGUGCUGCAAUAGUUACAUGGACUGCUGAUGCAAAGGAUCAAUUUUCAGUUUCUUCAGCGGAGGAUGAUGGAAUGCACAACUCUAGUAGAGAGAUUGGAAUACUUGAUUCUAGAACAUUUGGGAACUAUGCUUCUAAUGAUGAUCAAAUGCUAAGAUGUAAGCUUUGUGGAGGGGAGUAUUCUGAUACCCAGUCUCUUGGAUACCACUGGAUCACUUUUCAUAAAAAGGAAGCUCAGUGUUUUUUUAGAGGAUAUGCAUGUCGUAUAUGCAAUAGUCCCUUUACCAACAAGAGAGGUCUUGAGAGACAUGUGAAGGUCCACCAUGCCGAAAGCUUGCUAGAACAGUGUGUAUUAACUUCAUGCAUACAUUGUGGUAGCCAUUUCAUGAACUAUGAGCAACUAUGGCAACAUGUUGUAUCUGCUCAUUCAGAUGAGUUCAUCCGAUCAGUAGGUAUCUUAGAACAGGUCAAGGGUUCAAAUUCUUUGGUGCCUACUGAAACUGAGGGAGGCAUUGACAUACAAAAUGAACUCCCAGUGUCCAUGAAUUCUAAACAGGAAGCAAGUCCUAUGUUUGGCAUUUUUCAACAUGCAUCUACGAGUAUUGGAAGUGUAGUUAAGGAUAAAGGUCCUGUAAAUCGUAAUACUCCUCGUAGGUACACCUGUAGAUUCUGUGGGUUGAAGUUUCAUCUUCUUCCAGAUCUCGGUCGUCAUCACCAAGCUGAACACAUGGGUACCACCUCGAAUCAGUCCCCUCAGCCAAAGAGAAGAAAAGAGAUACUUUCUACAAAAUGGAGGGCUAACAAGGUCGCAUCUAAAUUAACACAGAAGGUUAGCUCAUCUCUUGGACUUAAACAUGCAUCCAUUAUUGCCAGAAAAAAGCUCUCAGAAAAAUUUAAUGUGCACAAUUCAAUAAUGAUGAAUGGAUGUUCAGAGAAGCAUGGAAAAAGUGAAAAAGAAGACAAACCUCCAGAUUUUUGUUCUUCAGCUGUGGCUGAGAUGUUAUUAGCUGAAGUUCAGAAAGCAAGACCUUGGCCCAGUAACCAGGAAAUCCUUGGCAUGGCCCGUUUGGCUUGCUGCAGAUUCAAUCUGCAUGCCACUUUGGAAGAAAAGUAUGGUACUUUGCCUGAGCGCCUCUACAUAAAGGCUGCCAGAUUGUGUAGUGAAGCAAAUAUUAGAGUUGAAUGGCACAUGGAAGGUUUUGUUUGUCCUAAAGAAUGUAAAGCUAAGGACAAUGUCAAACCUCUUGUCAUAUUGACUCCUCUUCCUGAUGUGCAAUUUCAUUCUUUGCCAGCUCAGUUGGAUGAUCGAGAAACAGUUUCUGAAGAGAUUGGCAAUGGGAAUAUAUGGGAGAAAGCUGAAAGUCACGUGGUUCUCACCUCAACUCACUUUGGAGGAACUCAUUACAGAAAAAUGCUUGUGAUCUGUGAAGAUUUGAGCUUUGGGAAAGAAGCGACAUCAAUACCUUGUGUGAUCGAUGAAGAUUUAGUGGAUCCAUCUACCUAUGCUCUCUUUAAAGAGGGUAAUGAUUUAAUCAUUAAAAAAUAUAUGCAAAAUUUCUGCUAUAUCACGGAAAGGCUUCUAGACCCUUCACUUGGUCUUGAUACAAAGAGUUCACAACUGGGAUGCACUUGCACACAACCACAGUGCUCUCCUGAAUCGUGUGAUCACGUUUAUCUCUUUGACAAUGACAAUGAUGAUGCAGAAGAUAUCUAUGGACAACGCAUGCAUGGAAGAUUUCCAUAUGACAGUAAAGGUCGAAUUAUUUUGGAGGAAGGGUACUUGGUAUAUGAAUGCAACUCUAUGUGCAGCUGUUAUAAAGAAUGUCCAAAUCGGGUGCUGCAGAAGGGUGUGCAAGUCAAAAUUGAAGUUUAUAAAACAAAGCAGAAGGGCUGGGCAGUUAGAGCUGUACAAACAAUUUUGCGUGGAACAUUCAUUUGUGAGUACCUUGGAGAAGUCUUGAAUGAUCAGGAGGCGAACAAAAGAGGGGAGAGGUAUGACAAUGAAGGCUGUAGCUAUUUGUAUGAUAUCGAUGCUCAUAUUGAUGCAAGCGAUUUGGGUGAUGGGGUACAACCAUAUGUCAUUGAUGCUACCAAGUAUGGGAAUGUCGCUCGCUUUAUAAACCACAGUUGCUCACCAAACCUAGUAAAUUAUCAAGUUUUGGUGGAGAGCAUGGAUUGCCAGCUUGCACAUAUUGGUCUUUAUGCAAGUCGAGAUAUUGCCAUUGGGGAAGAGCUGGCUUAUGAUUAUCGCUACAAACUACUACCGGGCAAAGGAUGCCCCUGUCACUGUGGGGCAAGUAAUUGCCGGGGAAGAUUGUACUAGGCAGUUGCUUUUGCAGUAUACCAGAUGUAGACUUUUCAAUUAUUUCUACUCAUGAAUACUAUUAAUGGUAUUGGGGGCCAAAAGUUCUCACUCUUCAGAUGAUAAUCUCACUUCAUAUCUGAUCCCCUAAAGAAAGUUACAGGGCUCUAUCAUAAACAUACAUACGGAAAUGGCUCUGCCUAUGUGAUGUUGGAGCUGAGCCUGUUAUGGUUCAGUUUCAAAGCUGCAAACAUCAUAGAUUUUGGAUGAAAGUAAACGAUUGUGACCUCAUCUUACUGGUAAGGUUAGCCAAGCAGAAAUUGUACAUUCUGGUUUUGGAAGGACCUGGUCACAAUUUAUUCAAGAUAAUAUUCUGAAAGAGAAUAAAAGAUGGCAGACUCAUAGUGAGGUAGUCUGUUUAAUAUAGUAGCUUUUAGUUGAACAAUUGAAUAUGAGGAUUUUUAGUUUUCCAUCAAAAUUAAGCCACAAAUUACUGCUGCUCUUCAGAAAGGAAUUAUCACAUUUAAUUAUUGGAUAAGGGAAGCAGAAAAUAGGCAUGCUGAACUUAUGUGAUUUUUCUGCAGGCAUCUUAAUGAUGGUAAAUCAUUUUGGGUCAGAACCCCCACAAGAUAGCUGAAAAUGAAGUUAGUUUCUUUGUCAUACUCUAGUGAUUUUAUGCGGGAGCAAAGUCUUUGGAAGCUGUGUGUACUGUGCCAGAGUUACGUUGUUCAAUUGAUGCACCAGAGAAAUGUAUUAUAUUAUUUUUGAUAAAAGUGGCAUUGUCUCACUUUUCAUUGUGGUUAUUUUACUCAAUUUAAGCAAACUGGCCUUUACUGCUUCAUUUCA